CUCUCUCUCUGUCUGGGUGCGCGCCACCGCGGCAGCAGCAUAAGCUGACAAAGGAGAGAGGGAAGGCAUGAUCAAGUUAAAUAAUGACAAUUAAGGGAUACAAGAAACCUGUACAAGGGACUUGUUAAUAAACCCUUCUUCAGCUUUUCGAUCAAUUUAGCCUCCGCUUUAUAUUUAUGUACAGGACAUGCAUUUCUUUUUUUGUGCUGUACAGUCUGUGAGCACCCCUCAACCCUCGGAGCAUCAGCCGCGGUGUCCAGAGACGGAGAUGAUUGGAUGAUCGGGUUUUUUUUCUCUUGUAUGGGAUGAAGGUUUCGCCAUUAAUGUUCUUGCAAUCCCAAGAAAGAAUCUUGGAGUGAGAACAUAAGCGAGGGAAGAUUCUGGUAUUUUAUUGAUUCUGCAGAACCAACUCUUUCCUUUUUUAUCAUGCCCACUUUGGAGAAGGAAAUAUGUGAUUUUUCUGGUUGUUGUGGACGAUUUGGUUUGCUGGUGAAGAUGUUGUGAAUCAGACUGCUGUCGGAAUCUCUCUCAAAACCCUUGAGGGUUUUAGGGAUUGAGACCGGGUUUCCAUGUUGUAAUGGAAUCGGGGACUUCUGAGUUACCGUUUAGGAAGUCUGGAUGUUCUCUUCGAGGAGCCGGAGUUGAAACAUUGACCGGGUGGUCAAAAGUGGGGGUGAUCAGGCAUAGGUUCCUGAAAGAGAAUUAACGUUUUCUAGAAAUCUGUAGCUUGUUGAUUAGUAGGAAAGUGUCUUUUGAUAGCUCUUGAUGCAGUCAGAUCAAACUUGAGAAGCAUUAACUGUUUCCCUUUCGAAUCCAGCAUGUCGGAGAAAAGCAUGCUCCCUUCGAGGUUCCUUUUUUACAUAAUAACCACUUCCAUUUUCCUUUUGAUCCUCUCUUCUCUAUUCCUCCUAGAAUUCAGUAAUACUUCGACCAUAUCUACCAAAGUCUUGAAGCUGAUUCUUGUUAAUAAUACAUCCGUUUAUUUGAAACCCAGUGCAAAAAAUGAACAGGCUGAGGUUUCCUCCCUACCAUCCAUGACUUCGCAAAUUGAGCAUAAAGUCCGUCUAGAAGGACAAGGAGAGGGUUUUAAUUUUACGGACAGUGGCCGAAAUUUUAUCUCUCGAAAAAGGCAAAGAAAAGGUGCAUGCGAUCCUGAUCAGGUUCUGUUGAAAGUUUUUAUGUAUGACUUGCCUCCUGAUUUUCAUUUUGGAUUGCUGGGAUGGAAGGGAUACGCUGGUGAAACUUGGCCAAAUGUCCAAGAUCUGGCUCAAAUCCCAACUUAUCCUGGUGGCUUGAAUUUACAGCAUAGUAUAGAGUAUUGGCUCACUCUUGAUCUUCUAUCCUCGGAAACCCUGGACAUCGAUAGACCAUGCACUGCUAUCAGAGUGAAUAAUUCAAGCCUAGCGGACAUAAUCUUUGUGCCGUUCUUCUCAUCUCUCAGUUACAAUCGCCAUUCUAAGCUUCAUGGGAAGGAUAAAAUUAGUGUCAACAGGAUGUUACAGAGUAAACUGGUGCGGUAUCUAACUGGCCGGGAUGAGUGGAAGCAGAUGGGUGGGAAGAAUCAUAUCAUUGUAGCCCACCAUCCAAAUAGCAUGUUGGAUGCGAGAAAGAAAUUGGGUUCUGCAAUGUUUGUGCUUGCCGAUUUUGGUAGAUAUCCAGCGGAAAUAGCUAACCUUGAGAAGGAUAUAAUUGCUCCAUACAAGCAUGUUGUGAGAACCAUACGGGGCGAUGCAUCUGCUCCAUUCAGUAAGCGCCCUAUACUGGCAUAUUUUCAAGGAGCAGUUUACCGAAAAGAUGGAGGUGCGAUUCGUCAAGAAUUGUAUUACCUUCUCAAAGAUGAGAAGGGGGUGCACUUUGCAUUUGGAAGUGUUCAAGGGAAUGGGAUCCACAAGGCAGGCCAAGGAAUGGCUUCAUCGAAAUUCUGCUUGAAUAUCGCUGGUGACACUCCCUCCUCAAAUCGCCUUUUCGAUGCCAUUGUAAAUCAUUGUGUCCCCGUGAUAAUCAGCGAUGAGAUUGAAUUACCAUUUGAAGAUGUUUUGGACUACUCGGAGUUCUGCUUAUUUGUCCAUGCUGCUGAUGCUGUAAAGAAAGGUUACCUGGUAAAUCUUCUCCGUGGAAUAAAAGAGAACAAAUGGACCAAGAUGUGGGAGAGACUGAAAGAAGUUGCACAACAUUUUGAAUUCCAAUAUCCAUCCCGACCCGAUGAUGCGGUAGAUAUGAUUUGGCAAGCAGUCUCCAGGAAGAUAUCUUGGCAGAUCAAACUUCACAGAGAGAAUAGAUACCGCAGAUCGCGACUGUUUAAGGGUAACUGACUUUAGAGCAGCUACUUAAGCUUACACCACAUGAGAUUGUGAAUUAUAUAUAUAUGGGAGGAAAUUCUCUUCUUUUGUCCAUCUUGAUGGCUUAGCUUUCACAAUAAUGGUUUUCUUUGUACUUUCAUUGGUAUCAAGGACGACCAUUUAGAUGAGUACUUGUUUCCGGUAAAUAUUAGAGAUGGGUGUUUAUUGUUAGAAAAUUUACAUCACACGGAAACUGAUUGUUGUUAUGUUCCUAAUUAUCAGCAUCUAAACCAAAUGCAACAGUUGCCAGAAUGAAAUCA